CUUUUCUUACGUGUUACUCAGGAGCUGGUUGGAGCUAAGCGCACGGAAAUGAGUGACGUGGAUGAUUUAAGCAGCCCGAGAGAGAAUUGUACCUAACAGGUUAAUCUCAGGGAAUAAAUCCCCAAGGCAUCCCCAGCUACGCGCCCCGCUGCGUUGACUGGCGCACGAUUCUCGAAAUACAUUGACGUCCCUGCCGCGCCAUCUUUAGAAAACAGUGAGCUCAACACUGAAUGAAACUUAAUUUUCGUCGUUUGAGAGGACUGCUCGCUGUGUUUGAUCAGUAGAGGUCAUGGGGAUCAAGGUUCAGCGCACUCGGUGCUUCCUUGACAUUGGAAUCAGUAAUGUGCUCGUCGGCAGAGUUGUGGUAGAAUUAUUUUCAGACAUCUGUCCCAAAACUUGUGAAAACUUCAGAUGCCUCUGCACAGGUGAGAGAGGCAUUGGUAAAGGAACUCAGAAACCCCUGCACUACAAAGGAUGCCUGUUCCAUCGAAUUGUGAAAGACUUUAUGAUUCAAGGAGGAGACUUCAGUGAAGGCAAUGGAAGAGGAGGCGAAUCCAUCUAUGGAGGCUUUUUUGAAGAUGAAAGCUUUGCCGUUAAACACAACAAGGAGUACCUGCUGUCUAUGGCCAAUAGAGGCAAAGAUACAAAUGGAUCACAGUUUUUUAUAACAACAAAACCCUCACCACAUCUGGAUGGUGUCCAUGUGGUUUUUGGUCAUGUGAUUUCUGGCCAAGAGGUUGUUCAAACCAUGGAGAGCCAGAAAACAGACCCUAAUAGCAGACCAUAUGCUGAUGUGAAGGUUUUGAACUGUGGAGAGCUCAUCCCUAAAUCUAAAGCAAAGAAAGAGGAAAAAAAGAGAGAGCGAGCCUCUUCCAGUUCCAGCAGUAGCUCCAGCGACUCUGCGAGCUCAUCAGCAUCCUCCUCUGAUUCUGAAGAAUCUGAGAAAGAAUCAAAGAAGAGGAAAAAGAAGGCGAAAAAGCUAAAAAAGAAGCAUAAGAAGGAAAAGAAAAGGUCAGAGGCUGAAAGUGCAGAAGAGAAAGAACAAGAAGAGUUGGUUACAUCUACUGUACGUCCUGAAGAAAUUCCACCCAUCCCAGAGAACCGAUUCCUCAUGAGGAGGAGUCCCCAGGCGGUCCAGAAGUCAAAAGAGGAGGCUGAAAAGGAUCCCCGAAAUAAAGAUGAAAGGCCAAGAGAGAGUACUGGCAUAACAUUUAAUUCUCAGUCAGCAUAUCACAGAAGACUAGUGAUGACGCGAUCCGGGAGGAAGAUAAAAGGCAGGGGUCCAAGGCGGUAUCGGACUCCGUCGCGCUCUCGUUCAAGGUCCAGAGAUCGUUUUCGGCGCAGUGAAACCCCUCCACACUGGCGUCAGGAGAUGCACCGUCAGAGGAUGAGGCCAGUCACUGGAGAGCGCUGGAUCAAGGGUGACAAAGGUGACAUGAAUGAGGACAAGGAGGAGGCUGCUAAAGCUCCAAGAAGAGAGAGACGGACCUCCAACACAAAGCAAGAACACACAACUGAGGGUAAAAAACCCAAGAAAACUCAUAGAUCCAAAAGCAAAGAAGAGGACGAUGUUGAGAAGGACGAGAAGCAUAGCAAACACAAGGCAAAGAAAAGAGAGAAAUCUCGAAGCCGCAGUAAAAGCAGAGAAAAGAGUAGGAGGUCAAAAAGCAGAGAGAAGGCUCACAAGCACAAAAGUAAUGACAGAAGAGGUCGCUCAAGGAGCAAAGACCGAAAUGCUAAUAAGAAAGAAAAGGAGUCAGAAUCUGAUCACAACAAAGAAAGAAAUAAGGGUCAUGAGUCGGAUAAAAAGCAUAAAGAGGAUACCAAAGGAAGAAAUGGUGAGAGAACUAGGGCAAAGUCACAAAGCAAGGAAAAAACAGCCACAAAAGAUGGGCACAGAUCAAGUAGCAGGAAUAGGGAUAGGAGUGGACCUGCAGUAUCAAAAGACAAGGAAGAAAAACGAGAAAAAGACAGAGAGAGGGGCAGAGAACGUAGCAGGAGUCAGGAAAGACGACACAACAGUGAAAGGGAGAAUAAGAGGCGAGGAACAUCCAGGGAUAAGGAACAUCGAACAAGAAGUCCAGACAGAAACAAGCCUAGAGACGCGCACAGAAGCAGGCGCUCCAGGAGCAGGAGUAACAAGAGAGACCACAGCAAAGAUGGGUCAUCUCAUAGAAAGGACAAAGACAGAGAAGCUGCCAACCAAAGGCGAAGACGUGGCAGCAGCUCUGAGAGUGAUAGAGACGAGAAAAGGAAGAGUCAAAAGAGCCCAGAUUCCAAACGGAGCCGAGCAAAAAGUACCUCUAAAUCCAAAGACAGAAAAAGCCCGGCCAAACCAAGACCAGAUAGUACAAAAGGCAAAGACAGAAACAACAGCAAGAGGAAUAAAUCAAGCACUAGCUCUAGCUCUGACAGCGACUGAGCCUGUGAUGAUAUCCUAACGGAAUAGAUGGGAGUUUUGAAGUCCCUAUUUUAUACCCAUUACACAUGUAGUAUGCAGCAGCAGCUUAGUGGGACUCAUUCACAUUCCUCAUUCAGUGCAGUUCAGCCAAAGCUAACAUGAUUGUACAAAGGUCUGUCAAAGCUAAUUCCCAAAACUGUUAAGAAGUGUGAGUUAAACUUGCAAUGACAGACUAGCAGCAUCAUGUGAGCUUUGGCUGAACUAUGGGCCUCAUUUUGGCACUGAAUGGAAAAUGCCCCCAUUAAGUGCAUGACACUGUUGAUGGGUAGCUGAAGCUGCACUGCAGCCAGUUUAGAGAGAAGGAUUUGUGACUGAAAAACAAAACUCACCUACAGUGUGUACUGCAUUAGCAGCGAGUGGAAAAGUACCAUGAAUUUUUUUUAUUAUUAUUAUUGUUUGUGACCAGAGGAAGUCAGUUUAUGGGCUGUUUUUGUUGUUUUUUUUAGUUCAUUGGUAAAUUAUAUUUUGGCUUUAUAAUAGUUACAAUUUCAGACUGUUUGUAAAAAUAAAAAAAUACUCAAUAUUUUACAGCAAAAGAGAUUCUUUUUAAUGUCUUUUUCCCCCCGAGGACAUUUUCUCCUGGAAUUUGUUUUAAUGUUAUUUGACGCAGUGGGUUUAGGGGAUAAGGACUGUCUUUAAGUUUGGAAAAUAUCUGUUACUUGUCAAGUUAUUUUUACUACAACAAGCAAUCUGGAAGAGAACACUCAUCAUUUCUUGCAUGCUUAUCCCUGCCAUCGUUAGAUGAAAUAUGUACUUCUUUUUUUUUUUGUACAUCCACGACCUUUUACUGUAAUCCUGUUUGUUAACCAGUUUUGAGAUACCUCUGGUUUGUUUUUUGAAUGGAAAAAAUGUAAUGCUGUACGUACAACAUAAAAUCAAUUUGUAUAAAUUGUGUUUGUGCAAGUUGGUUUUAACAAGAACUCGACUGCAGUGUAGAAUGUAAUAAAAGGCUCAAACUUGGAUUUUAA